ACACCCCAAAGAAACUAAGAAAGAUGGAUCCUCCUCCAAAUCUUCCUCUCUCGCUUCUUUUCACCUUAGUUUCCCCUAUCCUCCAAGGUUUAUUCCCAGCGCCCUACUGUGGUUCGACCGGCAACUUCACCGCCAACAGCACCUACCAAACCUCCCUCACCACCCUCCUCUCCUCCAUCUCCACCACCAACUCCCUAUCCCUCACCUACGGCUUCUUCAAUGACUCCGCCGCCGUCUCCGGCACCUCCCAAACCCUCUACGUCAUCGGCUCCUGCCGUGGCGACCUCACCGCCGAGAGCUGUCGCACCUGCCUCAACGCCUCGGCCUCCGACAUCAGCCGCCUCUGCCCCCUCCAGAAGGAGGCAGUGCUCUACAGCGAGAAGUGCACUGUCCGGUACUCUAAUGCCUCGAUCUUUGGCACAGUCGUGACCGACCCCAUCUACGAGCUGCACAACGUGAACAACGUCUCGAGCCAGGUCACGUACAAGCUGGGGACACAGGUGGAAGGUCUGAAGGGCGAGGCAGCCGGCGGUGGCUCGCAGAGGAAGUUGGCUACGAGGAACCUGCCAGUGGGGCCGGACACGAUCUUUGCGAUGGCGCAGUGCACGCCGGACUUGACCAGGCAGCAAUGCAUCGACUGCCUGGAGAAAGUUGUCGGGAGCAUCAUGAAUCGCUUUCGUGGGAAGGCGGGAAUGAUAAGCAUGGCGCCCAGUUGCCAGUUUCGGUUCGAGAUCUAUGAGUUCUUGGACCCAGGCAGCGAGCCACUUCCACCGCCACCGUCGCCGCCGCCACUACUGCCGCCUCCUCCUCCGCCGCCAGGAAAAAGCAACAAAUCUACCGUGAUAACCAUCGCCAUUACCGUUCCUGUUGGAGGUGUUAUGGUCCUUCUCUUUUUCACUUGUUGUUUGCUUCGAAGAAAGGGAAAGAAGACAGAUGGAGUCGUCCAAGGAAAAAGUGGUGCGAAUGAACUUACCACCGCGGAGUCCUUGCAAUUUGACUUGGCUACAAUACAAGCCGCGACAAAUGAUUUCUCUCCAGAAAACAAGUUGGGUGAAGGUGGAUUUGGUGAAGUUUUCCAGGGUAGCCUUCCUGAUGGACAGCAAAUAGCGGUGAAGAGGCUAUCUCAAAGCUCAAGACAGGGUGAUGAAGAAUUCAAAAACGAAGUUCUAUUGGUUGCGAAGCUUCAACACAGAAACCUUGUACGACUGCUCGGAUUUUGCUUGGAGGGAGACGAAAAGAUACUCGCCUACGAGUUUGUGCCAAAUAAAAGCCUUGAUUACUUCUUAUUUGAUCCCCAAAAAAGCGGUCAAUUGGAUUGGCCAUUACGUUUUAAAAUAGUAUCUGGAAUCGCUCGAGGAUUGCUCUACCUACAUGAAGAUUCUCGUCUCCGGAUCAUCCAUCGAGACCUAAAAUGUAGCAAUAUCUUGUUAGACAGUGAAAUGAACCCGAAGAUUUCAGAUUUUGGCACGGCAAGGAUUUUUGGAGUCGAUCAAACUCAGGCUAGCACAAAUAAAAUCGUGGGGACUUUUGGUUACAUGUCUCCUGAAUAUGCAAUGCAUGGAGAGUUCUCGGUGAAAUCUGAUGUUUAUAGUUUCGGUGUACUACUUAUAGAGAUCAUUUGCGGCAAGAAGAAUAACAUCUACCACCAAUUGGAUAGGGGUGAAUAUCUUGCUAGUUAUGUGUGGAAUCAAUGGAGAGAUGGCACGCCCUUGAACGUGUUGGACCUGGCUAUCGCAGAUUCAUAUUCAAGAGAUGAAGUACUUCGAUGCUUGCACAUUGGCUUACUGUGCAUUCAGGAAGAUCCGGCUAUUAGACCCGCCAUGGCAACCGUAGUUCUCAUGCUCAGCAGCAAUUACUUUGACCCGCCACAGCCUCGACAUCCGGCCUUCUUUGUCCAAAGUAGAUCACAGGGACCGAGCAUCCCAAUGCAAGAGCUUGAAUCGGAUCAAUCUACCAGUAGGACUAUGCCUUCGUCAACUAGUGAUAUGACGGUUACUGAAUUGUACCCCCGGUGAAUGGCGGCGUAAGUAAAAUCUUACUAUAUGGAUGGUCUCAUGGUGAGAUUGCUUGGCCUUCCACCAUGAUUUUUUAUGAACCAUUGCAAAAAUCUAUGUAUUUGAAGAAU